AUGGAUUUGAGGUCAACACUUCUGGUCAUUGGAGGAUCCGCGUGCUCUUUCAAACUGCUAAACACAAUCAUCAGAUCCCUGCCCACACCAGAGCCGGCACGCAAGAAAGCCUGGAGGUGGAGGAAUAUCACCACUUCUUUAGCUCACAGCUCGCUGACAGGAGCAUGGGCUGUUUUAUGUUUUUACCUUGAACCCAAGAUGGUGGAGGACCUGAUCUCCUCUCACUCCAUACUCUCCAACAGCCUUGUAGCAGUGUCUUCAGGUUACUUCAUCCAUGACUUUGUGGAUCUGAUCUUGAACCAAUCAUUUAAACGGUCGUGGGAGGUGCUCUUCCACCACUCUGUGGUGCUCUCGUGCUUCAGUUUGGCUGUGACAUCCCGUCGCUAUUUGGGCUUCGCUGUGGUGUCUCUGCUGGUUGAGAUCAACUCUGUUUUCCUUCAUAUCAGACAGCUCCUCCUCCUGUCGGGAAAGAGGAACAGGCCAGGGACUGAAAUUACAGCCCCUCGGCCCUCUGUGACCUACCGCAUGACCAGCUGGCUCAACCUGGGAACGUUUUUGGUGUUUCGUGUCUUUACGCUGGGUUGGAUGAGCCGCUGGCUGGCAGAUCACAGUGAUCGUAUUACGCCUCGCUACUUCCUGCUGAUGGGGACAGCAGGUCUGGGUCUCCUCUCCAUCAUGAACACAGUGCUUCUCUACAGACUGAUCAGAGCAGACAUCCUCAGUAACGCACACAACACCAGCAGGGACCACUAG